GUCAGAGAGAGAGAGAGAGGGUCAGAGAGACUGUGUGAAAUGGAGGACGGUGGGAGAAAGAGCUUCAGCUGCGAAGAGAAAGAGCAGCUGAAGCAAAGACUGGCCUUGCUGAAAAAAGAAUAUGCCAGGACGGUGCACAAGCUACAGCGUGCACAGAAAGCCGAGCGAGUGCGGAGUCAUGUUAAAAGAACAAUUGCGAAGCAGAACCAGUUGCUUGUGGAGCAGGACUCGCCCCAGCCCACAACAGAAGGUGAGGAGGAGACCUCCGUGCCGGACACACGUCAGGCCCCGCCUCCUGGGGCCCGAGUCCCCGGGGAGAGCAGCAGAGAGAGAAAAACACUGGUGACAUUUAACCUGGAGCCACAGGUCAUUGACCCCAUCAGCCUGGACCUAAGCUCGUCACUGAGGAGUUGUAGUGGAAGCGCUGAGGAGAGUUCCAGCGACCCCUCUUCAGCCAAUCAAGACCCGGGCGCCAGGGGCCCCGGCAAAGCUCCCAGUCGCCUGAAGCUAAAGAGAAGACGGGGUCACGUAACUGGCUGUGCCGGGGCUGCAGCUCUGUCUGCGGGUGUCAACCAGUUACAGUGUCCCGUCGUCACCUGCAACAGUACCCACCUCUGUCAGCCGCUCGCCACCACGGGGGCAGCCGAUGGCGAUAGACACAGCUCUCCGCUGGUGCCCCCAGGUGGCGAAGAAGACCAGGCGGCUUCAGGAGGCGUUGUGCACAGGUGUGAUGGACCUGGGGAAACAGUUGGUGGGAACAUCGAGUGUGCGGCUGAGCGGGACGAUGGGACCGGGAGCCAGGCCAGGCCUCUGCCACUCGCGGGGGACAGUACGGGGGGAACUCAGGGGGCGCUGGACAGUGAAGCCCCCGACAGAGUCAAGCAGGGUGACUGCGGUCGCCUCACUGAAGGCAAUGAAGAGAUCAAGAGCAGCGAUGGAGGUGAUGCCGUCGGGUCAGAGAGUGCUGUGUCCCAGGUCGGAGCCGGUACCAGAGCCAGUGUGGUGCCCUUUGUAGGCCCCCUGAGCUCCUGCACCCUGGUCGAAGGGCUGCUCUUCCCAGUGGAGUAUUACGUCAGGACGACCAGACGCAUGUCACAGCGUCAGCGACAGGUGGACCUGGAGGCCGUGAUCCACAGCCAGCUAGGGAAGUCCCGAAGCCGCCACAGGGGGAGAUGCGGGGGACUGGGGCUGGGGUGUGAGGUGAUGACUGGGGCCUCCGGUUCCCCCAAGGUCGGAGAGGAAUUCAGUGACACCCAGUUACUGUUCAACAGCCAGGAGGAGGCUGCCUCCCCGGAGCAGGGUGACACUCCGCAGCCCACAAAAGUGAUUCAGUCAGCCGGAGGGCAAGUUGGGAGGAGAGCGAGAGGGCGGAACACUAGAGCUGGGCUCCCUGAGACUCCGGCUUCCAGAGACGGAGAGGCGACCGAGCGGAGGCCUGCGGGAGGCUGUGUGACAGAAUGUUCUGCCGGAGACUCUGUGGCAUGUGAUAUCUUGAGCGAGAAGGAGAACGAGCUGGGGACGAGCACUAAAGAUCUGCCCAGGAAACGCGGGGGCUGUAAGCACCCUCUGGUGCCCAGUGCUGGGAGCUCCAGACUGAGCAGACACAAGCCGGUGCUGGAGCCUUUGGGGAACGCUGGGAAGAAGGAGGCUUUCCCCAAAGUGGCCUGCGGGGAGCAGCCUGGAGCCGUUGCUCCGGAGCCUGAUGUGGGAUUGAGCAGCGACACUGACUUCCGGGAUAUGAUCCAUGAGACUCAGCAAGUGGCCCUCGCUGGCUCGGUGCUGGGGAACAGGCUCCUUCUCCCUGUGCCCACUCACUCCCAGGCCGGAGGGGAACCCGGGGGGCAGCGGCGGUCACAGCCCAGGCGCAGGGCCAGCCUGGCCAGAGGUAAUGGCCUCCACAAAGCUCCCAGCGACUGCAGGAGAAACGCAGACAUGGAGCAGACCUGCUCACAGCCUUUACUGCCCGUCAGUCGGCCCCUGGUGAAAAGGCUGUUCUGUAGCCUGGAGGUGCAGCACUUUCAGCUGCCGGACGAGGAGUACGGGCGGCUCAAACAAGAGAAGCUGCGAGGCCGGGCACCGGGGGUCGGCGAGGCCGGGCCAGGCUGUCCACCGGAGCCCCAGGCCGAGCCCGAGCAGCGGGAUCCUGAGCAUUUGGAAAAGACGUGUUCGCAGGAAGAGCCGGUGGGGAGGCAAACUUCAGAGGAUGUAGAGCAGCCCCGCACAGCAGAGAGCUGGGAAUGCCAACAUUUCCUCGGGACCCCAGAGGAGCCGACAUGUAACAUCCCGCCUUCUGUUCAGCAAACGCAGGGAGAGAGAGCAGCCUAUGAGCUGUCCCCCUGUGAGCUGCUGGCCACACCACCCUACAUUCUACCUUCACAAAGCACCAGUCAGCCUGUGUGCAGUGUGACCAGCACAGUGUUCCCAUCACUUGGCCUCACUCCAGCCCCCGGCUCUCCCCAGUAUUCCGGUGGCUUCUCGCAGAGCGAGGCAACGGCCCCACAGAGCACCGGGGUGGGUUCCCAGAGACCAGAGGCCGGAGGCCAGGGCUGUCCUGCCGCAUGUCUGGUGAGCAACACGGGAAUCCAAUGCAUAGUGUCUGUCCAGGAUCAUCCUCACCAGCCUGGAGAGGAGCAGGAAUAUGCCGGAGAGGAGGCUGGGGAGGAGACGGUGGCUGCUGGCUUUGAGGAUGUAACGAGCUCCCACAAAGCAGCCGUGGGACUCCCCGUUGUGGGGCUUCCUGAAGAUGACUCAGUGAUUGAAGAGGAAAGUGAUUGUGGCCCAAGUUGUGCGGCUGGGAGGCAGCGAGGAGCAGAGGAGCCACUGCGGUUUAUGGCUGACAUUCCGAACCCAUCCUCCUGUGUGACGGACGUGUGCAGUUUGCUAUGGGGGGUGAGCGGGAGCAGCGCUGUGUGUGUCGCCAUCGCCUUGGAGUUGACCGUGUCCCUCUGGGCCCCACAGUCUCGCGGCCACUGGGACAACAUCCACACCUGGGUCUUCAAGGAGGUUCCUGUAAUUCAGCUGGUUCCACUCCCAGGGGCAGAGAAUGUGCUGUGUGUGGCGUUCGGAGACCUGGAGAUCAGGGAAGUCAGUGUGCUGUGCUGCGCUGACGGGAGCUACCUGGAGCCCAGCGUGGUACAGGCGGGAGAGAUAACCGCAGUGCUGGGCCUGCGGAAACACAGGCUUGUCUGCUCCUGUUGCCCCCUCCAGCAGCAGCGAGUGGAGCUGCUCACCAUCAACACAGCAGGCAGGCGGGAGGUUGGGGUGCUGUUGCAGUCGCUGCGAGAGGAGAUCCUGGCGUUCAGCGAGGUUGAGGGCGAGGAGGAGGUGCUGCUGGGAUCUACCAACACGAGUGACGUUGUAUUGUGGAACGUAAAGACCCGGCAGCUUCUAAAGAGGAUUCAUCUGAGCGACAGCUUCCCCGGCACUGUCUGCCACAAAGCCUAUUCCCAAUGUGGAUUGCUGUUUGUUCUGCUGAUUCACCGCUACGCCAGGGCCUGCCAGCUCCCCGGCCAAGAUCAGCUUUCAGUGUCGACACUGGUUGCCAUUAAUCCCCUCAGUGGUAAAAGUCGCCCUGUCAUGUCCUACUGUCUGCCGCCAGAGUGCAGAGGAAGGUACCUCAAUGGGGAUGUUAAGGACCGGUUGAUCGCGGCAGUUGUGACUCCGGGAUCCUUGGCGAUAUGGGACAUGGCCUCCGGCCGGCUUACAGCCAUGUUGUCGCACUGCCCUGAUGUUUCCUGGUCCCUCUUCCAAUGGGCAGAGACAGGCGCCUGCCUCCUGGCGGGGAAGAACGACGGGACUGUGUACAUCUACAGAUACGCGGGAGUGCCGGAUACCGGGACGUCCCUCCAACCCUAGAAUUUUAUUCAAAGGAAACGUUUAGUGCUCGUUGAUUAUUUCUAUCCCGUUUGCCUCGUUGUGUGCCUUUACCUACUCAGGGAGUAAGAGAGGUUGAAAUGCAAUACAAUAUUUGUUAAAUAGUUUAUACGUUGGUUAAAACUUGUGCUUGUACAAAUAAUAAAGUUUUCCAAGGUUGGGAAUGAUGUGCUGGGCUGUUUUGACAGUGUGUGACUUGACCGUUUGGGGUGGGAUGGGGCAGUCUCGCCCUCCAAAAAUUAUUUU